GUUGGAUACACAGCCUGUACAUCGUGAAGGUCAUCUUUGGGUUGUGAGAGAGAGAGGUAACAUAAAGUAAACAUCCCUGGCUCCUGAUAACCAACCAACUGAUCGACCAAACAAGAUUGGACGAUUGACUCCCCUGGUGCACUUAAAUGUGAUUGCAAAUGCAGGGUGCAGAAACAUUACCAUGGACAAACUGAAGGAUGACCUGGAUGACCACAAGAACACAGGUGAAUCUAAGAAGAACUCUGAAAAGCAGGCAGUCACGGCCUGUCUGUUGAGUGCAGCUUUCUUCGGUGCCCUUGGUUCAUCUUUCAUUUAUGGCUACAACCUCUCUGUGGUCAACGCCCCCACUUUGUACAUUAAAGAUUUCUACAAUAAGACAUGGAUCGAGAGAUAUGGAGAGCCUAUUUCAGCAGAGACAGUCACCAUUCUCUGGUCCGUCACAGUGUCCAUAUUUGCUAUCGGAGGCCUUCUCGGAGCGCAAGCUGUCACUUUAAUCCUCAGAGUACUUGGAAGAAAGGGAACCUUGCUGUUUAAUAACAUCUUUGCUGUAAUAGCUGCUCUGCUGCUGGCUCUGGGCGAGAAAGCAAAAUCUUUUGAGAUGCUCAUCAUUGGCCGGUUCAUAAUUGGGGUAGAUUCUGGUAUCGCUCUCAGUGUGCUUCCCAUGUACCUUGGAGAGAUUACGCCAAGACAUAUCAGAGGUUCUAUUGGCCAAUUCAACUCCAUCCUGAUCUGCUUGGGAGUGUUUACAGGUCAAGUGCUCGGGCUGCCCGAGCUGCUGGGUCAGGAGUCCAGGUGGAACUACCUGUUUGCCUUCCUGGCGUUGCCAGCAAUGCUGCAGCUGUGUGUGCUACCCUUCCUCCCUGAGAGUCCUCGCUACCUGCUGAUGGAGAGGAGAGAUGAGGCAGGAGCAGAAAGAGCCUUCCAGAGGUUUUUGGGAAAGAAGGAUGUGUCCCAGGAGCUGGAAGAGGUCCAUGCAGAAGCUCGAGCUCAGGACAACCUACAGACCGCCUCUGUGUUACAGCUGCUAAAGAACCCAGCUGUUCGCUGGCAACUCAUCACCAUCAUCACCACUAUGGCCUGUUAUCAGCUCUGUGGCCUCAAUGCUAUCUGGUACUAUACCAAUGGGAUCCUUCAAGAAGCAGGCUUUGCUAAGGACAUUCUUCCCUACAUCACACUGAGCACCGGGGCCAUAGAGACUUUGGCUGCCAUCAUCUCGGGCUUAGUGAUAGAACGAAUCGGGAGGAAGCCCCUCCUUAUAUUUGGUUUCUCUGCUAUGGCCGGAUUCUUCAGCCUACUCACAGUGUUCCUUAAUUUCCAGGACAGUGUAUCAUGGAUGCCCUACCUCAGUUACAUCUGUAUACUGGCUGUGAUUGCUUCCUUUUGCUCUGGGCCAGGUGGCAUCCCCUUUAUCCUUACCGGGGAACUGUUUGAGCAGUCCUACAGACCAGCUGCCUUCAUGAUUGCUGGCACCGUAAACUGGCUGUCCAACUUUGCUGUUGGUCUCCUGUUCCCAUUCAUUCAGGAGAAGUUGCAGUCCUUUGCCUUCCUGGUGUUUGUGGUGGUCUGUGCCUUGGGAUCUCUCUACCUAUAUUUCAUCCUCCCUGAAACCAAAAAUAAAACAUUCAUGGAUAUCAGUCGGAGCUUUGCCAAAAUCAACAAAAUCCCUGUCCCCUCCCCCAGCCAAGAAAUGGAGCUAGUCCUGUCCUUUAAGUCCAACGAGAGCGGCAAAGUCCAAGAUGCCGCUAAGAUGGAGAGUUCCUACUAGCUGAAGAACUAACUAACUUUAGAGAAGCAUAGCUGAAAUGUAAACUGAAAGAAUGUGUUGUUUAUACAUAAUUAUUUCAUCUGAUCACUGAAAUGAAAAUUCAUGUUUUAUGGGCAAUUUUAAUGUAUUUUGGUAUAUUGUAUAUGUUUUGUAUAACUGAUAUUCUCAGAUAUUACAGUGUUUCCAUUAUUUG